UUAUCACGGACCUAUAAACCAAUAUAUGGUUUAAAGGUCCGUGAAAUUAUACUACUCUAGCCGUUUGCGCUCGUGUAUAAAUUAAAUAGUUCGGGUAAUGAGUGCAGAAACUUUUACAAGUUAAGUUUCACAGAAGACGCAAUCAAAAACCCUUUGUUGGCCCCUAAAUGAAGAACCAUCACUGAUAAGCAGGGAGCGAAUUUCCCAAGGUUUAGAUCUCUGACCCUUUUCUAAUCAAUAUACAUUGUGCAAUCUCUCCUGUAAGUACGCUUCUGGUGGUUUUUGCCGGUACAUAAUAGAACAAACCAUCACCAUCGAUUCAUUUUAAUAUUUUAGCAGGACUGUGAUAGAAACAUGUUUGUGUUGCUUGUGUGCGCGUUGUUGACGGUAGCGGCGGCGGACGAGUGCCGAUGCACGCCUAACCAGUGGGAGGGAGACAUGGGCCUCGUGCUCGGCAGCACAUACGCCGGAAAUACCUCGCUCACAGAGGGCACUAUGCAGAUUAGUUAUGACGCCGUGAAAAAGAUGAUCGUUACACGCCAGAGUCUCAUGUACAACAAUAUACCUGUCCAGCAGACCAUCAUAGAGGACUUCACCAACGGCAUCUCCUACACAGUUACCGCCCAGGGAUGUUCUUCUAAAGCGCUCGGACCUUGGAUCCCUAACUGUAUCCCAUCGAACGCCACCACAGCCAAUCUCCGGUACGGUCUGGGUGACAACUCCGUGGACGCCCGCUCCUAUAUGGUAGAUUACGGCACGUUCAUGGUCUACUUCGCCGUCACCGCCGACACGUGCGUUCCGGUAGCAGAGGACGUCACAGGAACGUUUGACGGAGCUCAAAUCAUGGAGGUUAUCACCUUCGCGAACAUCAAGGCUGGCAUCUCUGACUCUAACGUGUUCGCCAUCCCUGCCAACUGCCCAACACAAAACAGCGUCCCGCUUCCCGGCGUGAACAGACGGGCUUCUAUGUUCAGGGGAUACGUGUAGAUGAUUCAACACCAUAGCGUUCUUUUCUUGUGCCUUGUUAGUAAUAAGGUUCUUUUACCUCUAAAUAAAUUAUAUCAAAAUU